UAACACAUCGCAAAGAGAAAAAGCAAUUGCAAUCACUGACGAAUUUAAUGAAUAUCUAAAAAAUGUAUCUGGAAAAUGCAUUGACAUAGGAUGUGGACCUGGAGAUGUAACAAAAGACAUAAUCUUACCGGCUCUUGAUCCAAAUGCAGUAGUAAUUGGUACAGAUAUAUCAGAAAGUAUGAUUGAUUAUGCAAAGAAAAAAUACAUUAAGGAGAAACGACUCGAAUUUGACGUUUUAGAUAUACAAACUAAAAAUUUGCCUACAAAAUACGUAUCUGAAUUUGAUCUUGUAUUUUCAUCCCAUACUUUGCAUUGGUGCAAUGAUAUCACACAAGCGUUUGAAAACAUCUACCGUAUGCUUCGACCCAAUGGAGUUAUGCUUAUACUCUUUGUAACCUCCCAUAAUAUAUUUAAUGUUCUUGAAAACUUGAUAUAUGAUGGCCGUUUUGCACCACACAUAAAAGAUGUAAACAAGUAUACUUGGCCACUUGGAAAGUCAAUCAAUCCCCGCAAACAAUUAAAAGAAUUGCUUCAAACACUCGGAUUCACGGUUAUUCAUUGCAGCCAUAGGGAUACAUUUCAUCAAGAUGCAAAUACGGAUAGAUUUUUUUCUUCUAUUAUAUCAUUCCUCGACUUCAUUGAUUACAUGCCAGGUGAUCGCAAAGAAGAAUUCAAAAAAGAAUUCUCUCGUAAAUUUGCAGAAACACAGAUUAUCUAUAAACAAAAAAAUAAACAGAAAAUAGCAUUAGAUAUGUAUCGUAUGCUAAUAGCUUUUGCGCAAAAACAGGCAUAA